CCACAUGAGUCAUUCUGUAAUGGUUCAUAAAUCCUGAGAGAAUCACAAAAGCAAAACAUCUAACAUUGCAUCUUCCCUGUCCCUGCCAGUGGAACUCCACCUCUCGACACGCUCGGCACAAGGAUGUGGGAAUAUGGUGAAAGCAAAGGAAAUAGGAUCAUUUUCUCCUUGGAAUAGAAGAAUCUCAUCAAACAGCAGCUAGGCUCAGAUUUGCAACCUUCACAGAAGAGGCCAUUCAUAAGCGGAGGAGAAAGAAAUGAACUACUCCUCGGGUUGCCAAACCAAAUUUACAGUUCCUACUGCCCGGACUCCAGCUUCUGUCUUUACUCCCUCGCAGAGCCAGGCAGAGGACCCGAGAGCAAAAGCAAAAGCCUAAAAACCAGCAGCCUCUGAAGCUGUGACCUCCUGCCCCGCUGGCCUAUCCACUUGAGGACCACUGGGAAGUGGUGACACUGGGGCUCUUGCAGAGGCGGUGGGAGAGGAUUUGGGACUUUCCCAGCAAUGCUGUGCAAGGCAGAGCAUGGAAGGGACUUAAGCUCUCAAGGAGGUAGAGAAGGGGGCACCAAGCAGCAAGGGAUCUCAAAGGUUCAGGAAUACUCUGGAGCAGGAAGGAGGCCCAAAUGAGUCACUCCAGCCAUCAUCUAGCUCUGACGAUGAAGCACAGCCCCAGUACACUGUGGAUCUUGACACGUAUGCCCCUCCCAGUCCUGUGUCUGACACUGGAGCUAAGUCUCUGCUUGGCCACCACACAGUCGUGCUUGUCGUGACAGCCCCCCAUAUGCCUCAUCCUUCACGGGAUAAGCCUGGUGCUUCCGUGAGUUAAGGACUAGCAGAAGGAAGUGCGUAAGCAGUGUCGCUAACACUGCCCUUUCCCACACAGCUCUGAGCACAGCAGUGCACUAUUGGAGCCUGCACCAGAAUGGAGACCCUUGGGAGCGGACGGCUGUCACAUAGGCUCGUGCUGUGCUGUGCCUUUUGGGGACUCUGCCUGGCCUCUCCAGACUACGAUGAUUACUCUCAGAACGGCACCAACGAGCAGGUAACGACACUGGAGACCACACUGUGUCCCAGAGCUAUCCCUGGGGAAAAGACAACCAUUAACAACAUCACGUACCUGUUGAUACACAAGGCCGCACGCCCUCAGCUGGGCAGCAUGGUCACAGUGCGGCUCAUCCCCUGCCUCUACACCCUCGUCUUCCUGGUGGGGCUGCCUUCAAACGGGCUGGCUCUGUGGGUCCUGGCCACCAGGGCUGAGAAGCUGACCUCCACUGUCUUUCUGAUGAACUUGGCUGCAGCAGACCUGCUGCUCACCUUGGUGCUGCCCUUCAAGAUUUUGUACUAUUUCCUGGGGAACAACUGGCCCUUUGGGGAAGGCCUGUGCCGGCUCACCACAGCUUUCUUCUACGGGAACAUGUACUGCUCAGUGCUGCUGCUCACAUGCAUCAGCGUCGACCGCUAUCUGGCUGUGGUGCAUCCUUUCUUUUCACGUUCUUUCCGCACCCCUGCCUUUGCUGCCGGCACCUGCACCGCCAUCUGGCUCUGUGCUGCCGUCCUCACCCUGCCCCUGACCCUGCAGCAGCAGUCGUAUCCCCUGUAUGGAGCAGACAUCACUCUCUGCCACGAUGUUCUCCCCAGGCACGAGGACGACGGGUAUUACUUCUACUACUUCAUCUGCCUGAUCGCUUGUGCUUUCCUCGCUCCUCUGGUGGUGAUGCUGUUCAGCUACUGCUCAGUACUGCGAGCUCUCCUGGACAGUGGGAAGCGGUACUCCUACUCUAUGAAGCUCAUGGCUCUUGUGCUGUUCACACUUGUGGCCUUUUACACACCCAGCAACGUUCUCCUCCUUGUUCAUUACUCCAGCUAUCACUGCAAGCUGUACGGCAACCUGUAUAUCAGCUACAUGGUGAGCCUGGCCAUCAGUACCUUUAACAGCUGUGCUGAUCCCUUUGUCUACUACUAUGUUUCCGAAGACUUCCGAGAUAAGGUGCGGAGGAGAUUCUUCAGUCACAGAAAACAAAACUCCACAUCCCUAAAAACCUCCAAGGAAACGCUCCCUCCAAAAAGUUCCAAAGAUUCACUGGUGUAAGCCUCCAUGCCAGCUCCCUGCUCCCAAGGCACUCACAAAAUACAUUGGGGAUGAGAUAAAGACAACACUGAGAAUCCACAAGCUACAUCCAGAGCAGCCAGCAGUAUUUCCCUGGAGACAAAGUCCUUUCUCCUGUCUGCAUAAUUAAAACUGAAUAAACCUGGACCACAGGAUUCUUUGAGAGGCGUGGAGUCCAGAAUACGUAUAGAUCUGUUCCUGGGACACUGCAUGCAACUCCUCAUCUGGUCCCAUAUUGCCAGGGAUGCUCUUGCCAAUAUACCUAGGUCUGGUUUUCCUAAUGCAUCUUGCAGACUGAUUGCUGUUUGUGUUCCAUUUCUUUUUCUGCUACCGACUUGCUUGCUGUCCUUGAAUGCAUAUUCCCUUCACCUAAAACUGAAAAAGUACAGGCACUUGCAAAACCGAAUUUCUAAAUGUUUCAAAAGUACUAGGAGGUACCAACAUGAAAGGUACUCUCCUGAAAUAAAAUAUUCUGUCAAGAGAACACAGAGCACUGGCUUUUCUAGCAAACGCAUUCUUGGCUUGAUUAGUAAGCAACACCAUAGUAAUGUCAGGCUAUUGUUGGUCACAGGUGUAAAAAUCCCAUUCACUAAUCCCUAAUUUUGCAAAUGACCCUUGGCAUCCAUAAUUUCUCUGGGGCAAAGAUUGUAUUAAUGGAUUUUUUUUUUUUAAAUAUGUCUCUUGAAAGGAAAUAUUAAAGAAGGAACUGAUAAAACCCUCACUCUAGAACCCCACACUUCUUUUGUGUAACGUCGCACACAAUCAAGAGCUGUCUCCUAUGAAACAGGUGACCAAGAUUGUUCCUUAUCAAAACCUGUUGCAAAGUUGAUAAAAGGCAGCCAGCUCAGCUCUCAGACACAACUAGGUCAUACUCCAGCAAGCAGCAAGGUAGAAAAUGAGCUAUGAACCUCCUUGGAGUUCCUGAAUUCUUUAGUUUUACUGGUACAGACAUGACAUAAACCUAUGAUCAAACUUACCAGCCUACAAUGUGAAUAAGAAGAGGCAGAC